AUGUCGUGUCGAAACAAUCUUCGCAGCCGGCCACUUUUGCUGCUGUCGCUGGCUCUCGCGUCCUUCUGGCAAUCUGCUCAUGCUCUGAGCCAGACAUACUGUUCGAGUCAAAACUCGGGCUCCGACUUUAGCGCUGUGACUGACAUCUACCAAUCCAAUGGUGCAUGCCAUGAUACAUGCGCCGCCAGCUAUGCCUUCGCCAUUGUUCAGUACCAACAGUGCUGGUGCUCCAACUAUGCUCCUGCAGAUCAGCUCGACGUUUCCGAGUGCAGUCAAGCUUGUCCCGGUUAUCCCGACGAAAGCUGUGGUGACAAGGACAACGGCCUCUAUGGCUACAUCAAGCUCAACAUCAGCCCAUCGGGCACCCAAGGUUCGGGCUCAAGUAGCGGCUCUACGAGCAGUGCCGCGAGAUCCUCCACACAGCAACCGACAUCUACCUCCUCAUCCUCUUCCUCCGUGCAGAGCGAUACCAUCGUACCUGUCACCGUGACCGUAAAGCAGAGUGCUUCGGUCGUUGUAUCUUUCGUCACACCUUCAGUCUCAAGUGCAGCUGCGACAACUCGGACUUCUUCCACAUCAUCAUCAACGCCAUCCACAACAUUGACCUCUUUUUCUAUCACAUCGACUCAAGGAGCUGUUGUGGCAAGCAGCCAGUCCUCCACCAUCGACACAAGCUCACUCUCCCAUACCACCCUCGUUAGCACCCGCGUGGUCACCGUCUCAGGAGGCCCCGUCACGCAAACUGUCACGAGUACUGCCGUCGUUGACCCUGGCGCUGACUCGCAACGCCAAAUAGAACAGAAGGGCGUCUCUGGCGGAACUGUGGCUGGUGCCGUCGUUGGUUCUGUCGCCGGUGUCGCUCUUCUCCUAGCAGGUGCUUUCUUCCUAUGGCGGAGGAAGCGUUCCGAGACGCCAGACCCAGAGUCCCCACGAUCGAGUUCGGGCUCCGGAUCAGCGCGAAGAAGAAUGGAGCGUAACACCAGCGUUCUCAGCAAGACUGGUCUACUAUCAUCCAUAGGCAACGCUGCAGACGCCGAGAAGUUCCACGACGACUCGGCCCAGACUCACAAAUACCAUGUCAGCGAGUCCACUGCACCCAUUCCUGCCAGCCCGGACGGCGAUAACAGACGCAACAGCCGCCCGCUCGUUUAUGAUCAACGUCUAAAUCCCGCCGCCCUGAUGGAGCAUUGGGAAAGGAACGGCAGUCGUGCGAGCAUUGGUACGAUGCAAGACCAACGAGACUACUCGCGACCUUUAGGGGUCACCAAUCCCGACCCAGUCGAUGACUAG